GGAUUGCUUUGCCUUUGUCAUCUCCUCUCUUGCUUCCGUUGAUAAAAAAAAAAGAAUGAAGCUAAACGAGUCAAGAAGUGGUGGUGAAACAGAGAAGCACAGGCGACAACAACAUUUCGAACACGACCUAAAGAACAUGAUCUCUUCGUUAACCCACAUGGGAGGAGACAAGGCACAUGCAGGAACGAGCCAAUACGAAGAAGAGGAGGAUAGCAUCAGGGUCAUCACGCUUUCUGGAUCAAACCUUGGAGCCACCAUGAAGACCGAGCUUGACAACAAUCAUGCAGACGGCCACAAGAAUGGAGAUCAAGAGCUUGAUUUUUUGAGCACUUACGUUAAUAGCAAUUUCCAAGCUGUCAACAAUUCGAUUAUGAUAGGGGCCAAGUACGAAACUCAUGAUCCUGGUGUUCAUCUUGACAUCUCGGGUGAUGUGGAGAAGCCUUCGAUGAAGGUGCCCUCGAAGAGUUCAAGGGAAAAUAAGGGUAAAACUCCUUCAAGAAGUGACCGUCGAGAAUCUGAACAUACAAAUUGAAUGGUAUGGAAUGAUGUCUUAAUGGACAAAGCAAUUUGAUUGGCUUCAGUAUGUAUUCUCUAAAUAAUCAGAGAAAUGGUGCAUACUAAAGCACUUUACUUUCUCUUCGAGGUUGUUGUUUUCGCUUGCGCUUAUUACUAUAUAACAUGUUCUAUAUUUAGUUUAUUCUUAAUAUAAAUAAGUGUAUGAAGCAGGGUGUGGUCGAUACAGAGCAUGUGUCAAUAGCAUAACCAAUAAAGGUCCAAUAAUCAUUGUAAGGCAUUAAGAAUGAGAUCGGAUCCCUAAGACA